AUGGAGAGGCGUCCCAUGCGAAUCACAUCAUUGUUUAGCGGAGUGCGAUUGCGGUCAACAAAAAUUGCAAUUGCAGCGCCGCAAAAGGUAGCAAGCGUCGCUAAAAGCUGUGUAACGAAAAUGAUUGUCGAUCCCUGGUCCGUGUCACCUGAAGCUGUCGAUGCUCUCGCCGCACAAUUCUUUGCGGCUUCCCUUUUCCCGUACCUGGGUUUCCUCUACUAUCUGGGCCGGGAUGAAGUGAAGUGUCCCAAACUCGCGAAUUUUGGCUUUCGCUUCCUGUUGGUAUUCGUUUUCGCAACGAUCCCGGCGGGAAUAUAUGCCAAGGUUCACUACCACGAUAUCCUCGCAAACAUUGACUGGUUGCAUGGCGGGGCAGAGUCACUUCUCACAAUUACAAACUUACUCAUCGUCCUUGGUUUUCGCGGCGCCAUGACACCAAACGUGAUCGACGCCGUACCAACUGAAUCUGCAAAGACAGAAGAAUCCCCUAUGCGAAUGAAUUCUACCAUUGUCCCAGCACUCAUCACGUCCCUUGGCAGUUUCUUGUCUCUCGCCGCGCUCGGCAGCCUGCAUGUGGAACCAGCGAACGCCUUAUCGUUUCCGACUUGGGUGAUACAUGUAUCCAGCCUUGUUGAAUGGCUAGUUGCAAUGGGCCUAGUCUGGAAAUAUGCUGAGGUCACGGAUAACCCCGCAUGGAAGGGACUAACGUGGGGCAUGUUGCCAUUGCACACCAGCGGAAUCUGUGCUUGCACGUAUCACUUGUUCUACAACGCACCAAGUUUAAAUAUACUCGUUGCACUGCAGGCAGCGCUCACAUUCUUCGGAAAUGGCACUCUCGUGGCAGCGGCGUACAGAAUAUCCCGGAGUGAGAAGAAGACAAUGGCCGCUCACAAAAGCGUUUCCAGCCAGAGUGAAAAGAGGAACAUAUCAUUGGUUGGGUUCGAAGAUCUAGCGGUGCAGUUGCAACAGGACUCCAACGCGAAGUUUUUGUUGAAACUCUUCGGGAUUUCAUGCGUUGGAUCAGCUCUUGUGAAAUGGGGUUCGCUGGCCAUUGAUGCGCCAUUUGAACCUACGCUUGCGCUGAGUCUAAGUAUUAUUGUGAUCCCGACGGUUUUGAAUAUGGCGAAAUGGGCUGUUCGGAGCAACAAAGAGAUGUCGGACUUCGGAGGCUUCUUAUAG